AUGGAGAAUCCCCGCAUUGGUAUGCCGUACCUUGAAGUCAAACUUGUGCCUGAAACCUAAUGAUUAGACCUCUAGCUCCGUCUCAUUAGCAUAAACUCUACUUGUGAGAGCCUCGGCAAAGACAGGUUGUUUGAGGACAUAAGCCACUUUUGAAGGCAGUGAGCGUAGGGAAGAUUAAGAAGCACAAGAUGUUGAGAAUGCAAUAGAAAUAACCUCAUUCUCCCAGCCUUUCUGACGCACACAUAUAUACCAACUUUAUUUCCCUUUGCUUUGUUUGCUUUACUACACAUUCGUUUCUUAUCAAUACGAGUACACACUUUCAAAAUGCAGUACUCUUCUCUCGUCACAGGCGCGACUCUUUUCACUUCCCUCUCACAAGGACUGGUUCUUGAUAAACGUGCUAGUCGCACCUCAGCACCGAGGUAUGCCUAGUCGUGCAACCCAAGAAUACUGCAUCGGGAGAGUUCGCUAAACUCGGAGAUGCAAACAAGGCAUUGGGUUCUGGAACGGAUACGAAGUGUAUUUUCAUCAACCCGGGAACUUAUGAUGAGAAAGUGACCGUCAACUAUGGAGGGCUACUCACGAUCUAUGGUUAUACUACCGAGUAAGUUUCUUUAGAAUGCGUAAUCAUUAACAUGGGGCCAAUGAAGAAAACAGUACCUCAAAAUUCGAAAGCAACCAAGUAACGAUCACAACAACCACUUCCUCUGCGGCUACUGGAGGUCUCGACAAGAGUGCGGCAGUGAACUUUUUGAGCAAGGUUGGACUAAAGGUUUAUAAUAUCAACUUUUCAAACACCUUCGGACUAAGUGGGCAAGCUGUCGCAAUUGCAGCCAAUGGGGAUAAGCAAGGUUUUUAUGGAUGUCAGUUCUUCGGACAUCAGGAUACCUUCUACGCCAAAAAUGGACAUCAGUACUAUAAGGGCUAUUAUAUGGAAGGUUCGGUUGAUUUCAUCUUUGGCGGCGCCUCAGCUUGGUUUGAGAGUUGCACUAUUGCUGUGAACAGGGAUAAGGGUGUUAUCACAGCCAUGAGUCGUGGAGGGGCUGCUGAAGCUACUUGGUACGUCUUCAACCAGUGCACCGUCCGGGCUGCAUCUGGCGCUACGGUUGGUGCGAAGAGUGUAAAAUUGGGAAGACCAUGGGGAAUUUUCGCCAGAGUUAUGUAUAAAAACUCCGAUUUGUCGGAAAUCAUCUCAGACGGAAGGUAUGGGACAAUGGCUGAAAAAGCUACGCCCGAUUUCGAAGAGUUCAAAAAUACCGGUAAAGGAGCCGAUACUUCUAACAGGAAGUUCUUCACAAAGUCUACUGCUGCUGUCAAUCAGUCAGCUGUUCUGACUGGAGACUUGAGCUGGAUAGAUCAAGCCUAUUGA